AUGGGGAUGAAGCUUGGGGACCUUAAUAGGUUCCUCGCCGAUGCUGACAAGAGGAACAUCACCGACGAGAGUGUGAAAUCAUGGGUGAGAGAGCUUAGGAAUGCCAUGUAUGAUGCUACCAACAUCCUUGAUUUGUGCCAGCUAAAGGCGAUGGAACGGGGUCGAAGCUGUGAUAUGGGCUGCUUCAAUCCCUUGCUCUUUUGUAUGAGGAAUCCUCUCCAUGCUCAUGACAUCGGUAAUCGCAUAAAAAGUCUUAAUGAGAGGCUAGAUGACAUUGAGAAGCGUAGCAAAACCUUCAAAUUCAUUAACCUUGCAUCUUAUGAGGACAACAAGAAAAAGGUAGAAUCCUCCCUUCACGCUAGGCGAGGGAUUGGCAAAACCACCCUUGCCAAGAAGAUCUUUAAUCAUGACUCCAUCAAACAAGAGUUUCAAAAGAGAAUAUGGUUGAGUGUCAAUCAAGAAUUUAGCGAUGUUGAUCUAUUAGAGAGAGCAAUCACUGGAGCAGAAGGAAACCAUCAAGCACCAAGAAACACAAAGGACACACUAGAGCGAACCCUUAAAGAAGCCGUGGAGGGGUGCAUGACCUUAUUGGUGAUGGAUGAUGUUUGGGACCACCAUGCAUGGGAGAAUGUGGAAGUCGUGUUCUCGUAA